AUGGCGUCGUCUUCUCCGAAACUGAUCAGUGCUUGUUGUCUGGUCUUGAUCUUGAUCUUCGUUGUCUGCUUUCUCACAUCAACGAACCUCUGGAACAACGAAAUCUACUCUCGCUCCAGGAAGGUGAAAACAGAGGAGUUAUCACAGAGCUUUAACAGUUCAACAAUGGAGACUAGGCUUGAAGGUGAAGUAGAGUUGAAUGAACACGCAGUUCCUGAUCCAGACAAAGUUGCACAUGAGGUCGCUGCACUUAUUCAGAUGAGUGAACAGAACAUCACUGCAAGGAGGAAGCUUGGUUUCUUUUCUUGUGGAAAUGGCAAUCUAAUAGAUGAUUGUUGGCGUUGUGACCCUAAGUGGUACAAGAACCGUAAACACCUAGCUGCAUGUGGGAUGGGUUUUGGAAGUAAAGCUAUUGGUGGUCGUGAUGGGCAUUACUAUAUGGUUACUGACCCGAGUGAUGAGGACGUUGAGAAUCCAAAGAAAGGAACUUUACGUUAUGCUGUGAUCCAAGGUGAGCCAUUGUGGAUCACCUUUAAAAGAGACAUGGUGAUAAGGUUGAAAGAAGAGCUGAUGAUGAAUAGUUUUAAGACCAUUGAUGCUCGUGGUGCCAAUGUCCACAUCGCUGAUGGUGCUUGUAUAACAAUCCAGGGUAUAACCAACGUUAUCAUUCAUGGCUUGCACAUUCAUGAUUGCAAGGCAACUGGUAACACAAGUGUUAGAAGCUCACCAAGUUACGACGGGUUUAGGGGAAUGGCUGAUGGUGAUGGUGUUAAUGUAUUUGGUUCAAGUCAUAUCUGGAUAGACCACAAUUCUCUUUCUAAUUGUGCUGAUGGUCUUGUUGAUGUUGUCAUGGGUUCAACUGCCAUUACCAUUUCUAAUAACCAUUUUACUCACCACAAUGAGGUGAUGUUGCUAGGCCACGCUGAUUGGUACAAAAAAGACAAGCUGAUGCAAGUGACCAUUGCGUACAACCAUUUUGGAGAAGGGCUUAAACAGAGAAUGCCAAGGUGCAGGCAUGGUUAUUUCCAUGUGGUUAACAACGAUUACACACACUGGGAAAUGUAUGCUAUUGGAGGAAGUGCAAACCCAACUAUAAACAGUCAAGGCAAUAGAUAUGCUGCUCCUAAAAACCGCUACGCCAAGGAGGUGACAAAAAGAGUAGACACAGAAGAAAAUGAGUGGAAGAAAUGGAACUGGAGAUCAGAAAAUGACCUUCUAGUGAAUGGAGCGUUUUUCACAUCAUCAGGGAAAGGAGCAUCAGCAAACUAUGCACAUGACUUAAGCUUACCGGCUAAACCAGCCUCAAUGGUGCACUCAGUCACUGCUAAUGCAGGUCCACUUGGUUGCCGCAGAGGCAAGCCUUGCUAUACUAGCUAGUAACAUCACUCUCUCAAAUUAAACCAUUAAUUAGUAGUUUUAAGUAUAUAAAAAAAAAACCUAACCCCUUUCACACGUAUUAGCAAGUGUGCAAAGCUUUUUUUUGUUCUUCUUCUGAAUGGUAGAGAUUUUGGUCAACCUCCACUUGACGAUAGGAGUAAGUGCAUGAAGUGUUGAUCCAUUCUCUACUCUGUGUUUCUUCCUUUUAGCUUUGGGGUUUAUGAAGUCUUCUUAAUUCUUAUUAAUCGAUCUCCCCUUUUAGCCAGUGAUUUGUAGUAUACAAAACUUCUGAUAUGAAAUUAAGACAGUGGAUUGCUUA